AUGCGCAAUGGAUCUCUCGUCAAGCUACUUCUUGACCACGGAUGUGAUCCGCACACAUUUGAUGCCGAAACUGACAAAGACUUCCCGACCUCCGCAUGGACGAAUGCUGCAACAUCGAAUUUGGAAAUCCUUGAGUUGUUCAUAGCGAGGGGUAUAGAGCCCAAAUUUAAUGGCCCCGAUUCGGAUAAUUGGUACCUGAUGGAAGCGCUAAAGAGGGAUCAAAUCGAACUCGUCAAAUUUCUGUAUGAUCACGGCCCUAGGCUCAAAACGUGCCCUGAGGAUCACUGGCUUUUUGAUUCGCCUCAAUAUUUGUAUGUUUACUUGGUGGAAGUCAGUUAUGCACUCACGAGACAUCCUCAAGAGCUUGCGUUUCUGCUCGGGGCCCUUGACCUAGGUUCUAUCAUCAGCGAGUAUAGCUCAAGGCAGGCCUUGAUGGAUGUUGCGACAGAGUUGGGGAAUAAAGACAUGAUGGAACUCAUUCUGGAUGCAGACUGGGCCUCAAAAUAUUCCAAGAAUGAGUUAAGAAACUGUCUCUUUUCUGCUACUACACAUGGCCAAACAGGAAUGGUAAAGAUGUUACUCGAUUAUGGCGCACUCCCAGGACCUGAGGAAACUGGAAGAUUCAUUUUUACGGCAAUCAGGGCAGAAUCCUAUGAGAUAUUGAAACUGAUGCUUGAUCUAGAAGCAAAUUCUGGUUCAGAUUGUGGCUAUUUCUUGGAAAUUGCCCUUGGGUCAUUUAUCAAUGGUUCGUCAACGUCGAAAAAAGCUCUCAUACCGAUCAUCCGGCUUUUAGUGGAGAAUUUUGAGCCUGGUACCGUGAUUCCUACGGGAAAAUCUUUCAAUAUGGACGUGGCUCAGUCUCUAGGUGAAAGUGCAGAGGUCUUGGAAAUUCUGCUGAAGCCUGUCCUAGGCGGCAGCCUUUUGCUGGAGGACCCAUUUCACGAGACUAUCUUUGUAGUAGCAAUUCGGUCAUGUGAAAUUGGCAUCCUGGAGCAAUGUCUCAAGGCAGGAUUUGAUCCCAACUCGGACGUUAAAUCCGAAUUCCUCGCAUCAUCGUCCAGUAUUCCACUAAUUCUUGCCGCAACGGCAACAGAUUUGCAGGGCGGAAUGAACUGGCUGUUGAUCUUCUUUUGA